UUUCUAGGGUCUUCUUCGAAUAAUAUGACUGUACUACUACGGAGUAUACAUUAUUAUAUCGAAGGUCGCAGUAGACACGUGGCAUGAUACGUAUCUAUUUGGUCUUGUAUUGAUUGUUAACCACGCGUCCGCUAUCGCCAUGUUGGACAUCAAACCAACUGCAAAUGCGAUCCGCUUUUCUGCUUUUAUUUCCCAAAUUUUGGCUUACGGAACGGUGUUGAUUCGUGUUCUUAAAUAGCAGUGGAAUUGUGAGCGAGAGAAGAGUAUAAAACACGGAGAGAGCCCUGUAGAGCCAAUAAGCAGCUGCAGGGAUGAGCAUGGCUUUGUGCCAACAGUUGGUCGCUGGGGCAGUGAAUGGCCGAGUUGACUCGAGACGACAGAAAUAUGGUGCCAGCCACAGGGGCAGGCACGCGGGCCCUGGAUCAGGGGUGUGCCGCUACCCCUGCCGGUGUGGGCCCAUUAUGAAUCACCAGCCCUGAUCGUGUCUACGGUCGAACAAUAUGAGGAACUAGCAGGCAGUGUUGAAUUAGAAACUCAACGCUUAUUGCGUGAGCAUAGAUAUGACACUAUUGGCAACUUCCUCAGGUUCUACAAGAAUUACAUUAUGAGUGGAGAAAGUAAAUUGGAUCGAUUUUAUCGCAAGUAUCAGCCUUUAAUAACACCUGAACACUAUACAUGUGUUGGGCUUGGAUUUGAAUUACUACGUCGACUACGUAGUUUAAAUAAAAAAUAUCCUGAUAUAGCUAGUGGGCUCUACUUAGUGUCUUGUGAAGAAACGAUUGGAGAUAUUGCUAGUUAUGUUGGUGGUCCACCAGCAGCAGAUAGUGGAGAGAAAGAACAUGUUCUAGUGUGCCUGAAAAUCAAGAUUAAUGGACGUCAAGGUGUUAUGCUUCUUGAUCCUGGUUAUCAUGUUGCUCGUGUGAUUACAGUAAUGGCUGAUAAAUUAUAUCCUCAUACGGGCUGGUUUACUCAAUCUGAUGAGCCAAAUUGUAAGAAAGAGUACAACUAUUUUCUUUGCGGUGAAGAUCCUGAUUAUGUCGAAUGGCAUGAAAGGGAAACUCGACCAGGUGCCUUGGAAAGAACACAAGUUGCUCUUAUUUAUAUGGCAAGGCCAUAUCUUACUGCCAUUGAUGUUACGGAACGCAGAAAUUUGGUUUACAAUUUCAGAAGUUUACUUGCCCGAGACACUAAAGGUCAUGUCACAGCUGGUAUAUAUUUUCCCAUUGUACUAGACAUGAACAAUGCACAAACUUUUACGAUUUUCUAUCAAACAAAUAGUGGUAAGAAAAGGAUUAAAAUGCCAUUCAACAAAUUCUGCAGUUCGCCUAAAAUAAGUCCUGAUGCAAAAGAAACUGAGAUUAUCUCAGAAAGUGCUCGUCAAUUGGGUCUAACACAAGAUACUCUGAAGGAUAUGCUUUCAGCUCUAGCUACUGUCAUGAGUGACUCAACUUUUUUGACACAACUCUUGACUAUUAAUGCAAGAAUUAACACCCUUGCAGAGGAUAAUUAACAGAAGUCAGUCCACCCUGUGCGGUGCCAAUACAACAUUAUAUUCUAUCAUAUCUUUUGCCAGCUUUCCUCUUAUGUUCUUCUAUUUCUAUUGACCAUCAUAUUUACUCUUUCUUAUAUGUAAAAUUAUUUUUCUGACAACGAAUUGUAAACAAAUUUCUGUUCUUAAUUAUUUUUAAUAUUUCUCCAUUUUUACAUUGAUUUGAAAUCAGCAAAGAUAUACAAGUUAAUUGUAUAUGAUAUUCUAUAAAGGUUGAUCUUUUUUUUUUGUGUAUUUUCAGAAUGCUAGGUGUGUUUAAAUACUUAUUGAAACUAUAUGGAUCGUACUCAUAAUUAAGUUUCUUAAUCUUUUAAAGCUUUAAUUUUACUAAUCUGUCAUUUAUUUAUGAGGUGUUGUUAUGAAACUUGUGAAUCAGUAAUAAUGAAAAAAAAAAAAAACGAGAUAUAUAAAAUAACAAAUUUGGUGAAUUCUCGGUGAUUGUGUAUUUAAAUUAUUUUAAAUUAUAUUAUUCUUAUUUAUGUAUACAAAAGGUUCCUCUAAGGUGAAACUAACGUCAGGGUUGCUUUAAUUUAUUAGAUUUUUAAUAUGGUGUAACAGGAAUAUGUUUUAGUUACUAAAUUUAUUUUGUGCAAAUAAAUUUUCAAGCAAAUAAAACUUUUAAAAAAA